AUGACGCAUGUAGAUAAUGAUUGUCCAGCUAUGUUUUUUGUAGAUGGACCGGGUGGAACUGGGAAAACAUUUUUGUAUAGAGCUUUGCUAGCUAAUGUUAGUUCCCGUGGACUUAUUGCUCUCGCAACCGCUUCAUCCGGUGCUGCCGCUAAUAACAUGCCAGGGGGGAGAACAGCUCACUCUCGAUUCAAGAUUCCCCUUACUCUUAGUAAUAAUUCGGUGUGCAAUAUAAAAAAACAAAGYGGAACUGCUCAACUGCUUCGAGUCGCAAAAAUAAUCAUCUGGGAUGAAACAUCAAUGGCAAAGAGGCAGGCAGUAGAGGCACUCGAUAGAACAAUGCAAGACACCACUGGGGUGAGACUUCCAUUUGGUGGGAAAAUAAUGAUUAUGGGAGGUGAUUUUAGACAGGUGUUGCCAGUAAUGAGACAUGGCACUCGAGCACAAAUUGUAGACUCAAGCUUACGGAUGUCACCUAUUUGGUCUUCGAUUAAAAAGUUGCGGUUAACGAUCAAUAUGAGAGCACUUACUGAUCCAUGGUUUUCGGAUUUUCUGUUACUUGUCGGUGAUGGAAAUGAAGAAUCAGUAGACGGAAACUUUAUUCGCAUACCUGAUGACAUGGCCAUUCCUUACACAAAUAAAAAUGAAUCGAAUAAUGCUUUGAUUGAUGCAACCUUUCCUUCUCUUCAAACCUGCGAGACUGCUUCAGAUUAUAUCAUUUCGAGGGCGAUGCUAACAAUAAAAAAUGAGCAUGUCGACGAGAUUUAUGAUCAGUUGAUUGAAAGAUUCUGUGGAGAGGAAAAAAUUUACUACAGUUUUGAUGAAGCAGAAGAUGACAAGAAUAACUUAUAUCCGAUGGAGUUCUUAAACUCWUUGACUGUUAGCGGUUUGCCCCCUCAUUACCUCCGGCUUAAAAUUGGAUGUCCGAUAAUACUAUUGCGGAAUAUCGACCCCUCAAAUGGAUUGUGUAACGGCACGAGGUUGAUAUGUAGAGGUUUUCAGCAGAAUGCUAUCGAUGCAGAAAUAGCUGUUGGUCAGCAUGCUGGUAAGAGGGUAUUUUUACCAAGAAUUUCUCUAUGUCUGUCUGAAGAUGAUAUGUUUCCCUUUAAAUUAAAGAGAAAACAAUUUCCCGUUCGACUUUGUUUUGCCAUGACAAUCAAUAAAGCUCAAGGACAAACAAUUCCGGUGGUAGGUGUUUAUCUACCGGAAUCGGUAUUCUAG